CUGACAAUGAUGAACUUACAUGCUUUUUAACUGGUUUAUAUCUUCAGUCUUGCAUGAUAAUUGCGUUAAGAAAGUCCACAUAUCAUAGAUAUUGAAGUAAGGUUUUAGGCUUUUCUUAAGUUGAGUAAUUCUCCCGUGAAUCAGUUUUGACAUUUGACAAAGCUUGACAGCGCUAGACAGGGGGUAAGCUGAAAUAAAAAUAAGUCGAUGAAAAAUGGACAUAUAUGUAUAGAAAUAAAACAAAAUUAGAUAAGAUUGUCGGACGUGUCAGACAGUAUCAACUGUCUUUGAAGUGCCUUUCAUCCAUGACUGGGAAUGAGUCCCUGAGAACAAAUGAAACUACGAGAGUUACAUGUAUGAAAUAACUCAACAAUUUAUGUAAUGGUUCUAUAACGAGCUCAUUUUUUUCAUCAAAUGAAAUGAAAUUUGGCGCAAAGUUCAAAGAAAGUAUCUUCUUGAAACAGAAAUACCUCAAUUUGUUAUCCAGAUCAUUAUGACUGGCUGAAUUGAUUUCGAAUUGAUCACACCCUUGGAAGUCCGUCGGGGGCAAAGAGCAGCGCAAUUAACGUGGAAUUAAAAAACGAUUCCCUGAUGAAUUUUUAGCUAUUGUGUGAGACUCCACAAAUGCUAAGCAGCUUGAUUUGUACAACAUAAAAGAAAAGUAAAGCGCUCAACCGGUCGCUUCAAACUGAGGACGUAGCCUUGUUUAUGGAAGUGCAAUCCGACUUCGCUACAGCUGAAAUGGCGUCCCUACUGGUGCCUGCCUUGCUGGCUCUGAUGUCAUGCUGUUGCGUAGUUACAGGACAAACAACCACAUGUGUUCCUGUCACAACUACGCAACUUGUGUGUACAACCACUCCUGGGCCGAUUACCACCAUCGGAGCAACUACUAAUUUGCCAACAACGACAACUGUUACAACCACUACUGAGGAGAUAACCACCGCUGCCACAACUGAGGUGCCAACUACUAUUGCCAGUACAACCACAAUGGACGAGGCAACUACCACCGCCAGUACAACUACAACCGACUUGACAACAAACGCUGUCAGUACAACAACCCCAGCUGAGCCAACUACCACUGCCAGUGCAACUACAACCGGCGUGGCAACAACCACCGACACUAUUACAACCGACUUGACAACAAACAUCGCCAGUACACCAUCCAAUUUGGCAACAACCACUGUCAGCACAACUGCGGCGGACGAGCCAACUACCAUUAUCACUACCAGUGCGACUACACCUGAAGUGCCAACCACCGUUGCCAGUACAACUCCAACUGAAGUGCCAACUACCACUGCCAGUAAAACUUCAACUGAAGUGCCAACCACCACAGCCAGUAAAACUACAACCGGCUUGUUAACAGCAACCACUGACAGUGCAACAACAGCCAAAAUAGCAACCACUACAAGUGCAGCUGCAAGUGACGUUACUACAAGUGACGUGACUACACGUAGCGCCUCAACUGCCGUUGCCAGUACAGCCACUGCAGCCUUAUCUUCCACCACUACUGGUGCAAUUACAGCGGCCAGUACAACCGUUACAACGGCUGCUGAUGGAUCAUCGGCCAUGACAGGAGAUGUAACUACAACUGCUGGAGCGACUGCAACAUCUACCACGGCUGAUACAGCUACUCCUGAUGGAACAUCUACCAUGGCUGAUACUCCUGAUGGAACAUCUACCACCGCUGGAGUGACUGAAACUUCUACCAUCGCUGGUACAGCUUCUCCUGGUGGAGCAUCUACCGCCGCUGGUACAGCUACUCCUGAUGGAGCAUCUACGACCGCUGGUACAGCUACUCCUGAUGGAACGUCUACAGCUGGAGAGACAGCUACCAUGGACAACACAUCUUUCGCCGCUGGUACAGCUACCCUUGAUGGUACAUCUACAGCGGGAGAGACAGCUACCAUGGACAGCACAUCUACCGACGCUGGCGUGCCUACUACUGACGCCAUGCUCCCUUCAGCUGGUUCGUCGUCGAGCUGUUUCGUCUGCAGUGCAGACAACACCACUGCUGUAAAUGACACAUGCCUGGUCGGACCGAUGAUGGCGAUGUCCCAGCCUUGUCCUGUCGGAGUCUGCAUUACCAUCCUGCGGGAAGACACAAACGGCACCAUCCUCCUGUUUGAGCGGAGGUGUCACAUCGCUGCCUGUACUGACGACAACUCAGACGGCGUGUUCUCCAGCACGGCCGGGGGAGAGACGGAGUACCAGAAGUGCUGUGAUGACGCCGCUAACUGCAACACCAUCAGUUAUAACGAGCUGAGAGGAACAGCGGCCAGGGCAGUCACCAGCAUGGCUGCCGUCUUGAUCAGUGUCAUCACAGUUUCGGCUCUGUAAAAAUAACACAUAGUAAUGCCUGGUUAGAAUUUGUUGUUUCUCGAAUCAGGUUGUUGUUUUUCUAUUAAUUGACGAAACCUGCUGAAAAAGAUAUGUAUACGAGGAGUGAUCAAUAAGUCCUCGGCCUCCCCAAGAAAUAACAAGCACAACUCAGAUUUU